AUGGCGCGGCGAAGAAGCCCCGGCCGUUUCUCGCCGCCGCGAGGCUAUCCGGAUGCCUACAGCUCGGAGCCCGAGGCGGCCGGCGGCGAGGGCGGCCUGCGGCGCCCCACGCUGUCGCGGAUGUGCCGCGACGAAGGCGGGGUGCUGCUGCCGCGCAAGGGCAAGAGCAGGGACUCCUCGUCGCCGCACUACAGCAAGCCGGCCGCCGCCGCCGCCCACCCGCGCCGCCUCUCCGCCUGGCAGCAGCAGCACCUGGCCCCGGCGGGCGAGGGCUGCGCCACGCCGUGCACCACCUCGUGUACCACCCUCUACGGCGGGGACUUCCACGGCCACCCCGAGCCCCCCGGCCGCUCCCUGGUGGGCCGCUGUACCCGCGUCGAGGAGCUGCUCCGCGACGACCAGUGGGCCAGCCCAGUGUCUCGGCCUCUGGAGUAUGGCGCAGACUUCGCCACCGACGCCAGCAAGCCCCCCUCUGUCUGCCCCUCUUCCUUUUCCUUCUCCCAGCUGGACAAUAAAGCUUCCCCCAAGCCGGAGAAGAAUGAGCGCAAAAGGAGGGAGUGGCCGGAGCCCUGCGACAGCAGCCCCAGCUUAGCGGAUCUCGUGCACUCCUUGAAGCAGUACGAGGAAGAGGAGCCACCUGUGUAUCUCCACCCCGGCCAGAGUGCCCAUCACCGCCAUCACCACAAGUCCAGGAAGGGAGACACCCAGAUCAGUCUCCAGGAUUUGACUGACAAGAGAUACGAGGAUUUGAUCCCGGAAAGGGACAAAAAGAUUGCAGCUUUGAUGCUAGCCAGGCACCAGGAGGAGGAAGAGAUGAAGGACAGGCAGUUGCAGGCCUCUGAGGCUUGGGAGCAGAUGAGGAGGAAGGAAAAGAAACACAAAGCCAGGAUGGAGAAGGAGAGGCAGUACCAGCUGGCUGACAGCCUGGACCAGUGGCAAAGAGACCGGGACCAAAGAAAAAAUAAGCUCAGGUUAGAGGAGCAACAGCUCCUGGCAGCCAGGGAAAGGGAUAUGAUGCUGCGUGACAGGAAAUGGAAAAAACUAGCCAAAGAGCAGGAGUAUAGGCAGAGGGAGAAAUUGGAAAAUGCCAAACUUCAAGGUGAAUAUAGGAAACAUUCUCAGGAAAAGCAAGUCUGGGACAAAAGGUUAAAUGAGAGGACUGCUAGAGAUAACAACUCCCAUCUGUACAAAGAAAAAAUGUUGCAGGCCCUGGAGAAGAGGCUGUUGAAAGAUAUGGAAAGGAAGAGAAGGAAGAUGGAAAUGAAUGAAUACAAGAGAAGUAGGCACAUGCAGAUGAAGGACCAAACAGAUGAGAGACUCAAAGCAGAUGAGCUGUACAAGAGGCUUUGCAUUGAACAAAAGCUUCAGAGAUCUCAGGAAAUCCUUGAGCAGCUGCUUGAAGAAAGGAAUAGAGAACUAAAAGAAAAGACUUUCAGAGAAGAGGAACAAGGCAUGAUCGCCAAGGUAAGAGCAAAAGAGACAGAGGAAGAGAAGAGAAGGCGUAAGGAGAUGUUGCUGCAGAUAGCGGAGAUGAAGAUCCAGCAGGCCAGAGAAAUCAUGUCCAAAAAUAUCCAAGACAGAGCUCAACGUAUGAGGGAAAUUAACUGCACCAAGGAGAGGAACCACCAUUGCCGCAAGCAAAAACUUGAUUAUGAUGAUAAAUGCCAUUUACGUGAAAUGCAAGAAGCUUUAAGGAGGAAAGAUCAGAAAAGCAGUCAGAUCCUAAGACAGAAGGAUGCAGCUAUUGAAGAAUCUAGGAGAAUAGCCAGAGCAUCUUAUGACCUUAGAGAUAAAGUGAGAGAUCUGAUAAACCACAAUUCCUUUGAUCAGAUGGCUUUAGAUGCCCACCGUAAUGCAAGUCUCCUUAGGGGCCUCUAGUGAAGUUUGAGAAGCAUCCCAGACUGUCUUGUGCCAAAAAAGAUGGUUGUAAUGUGUGAUAUUGUAGAACUCUGCAUUGCUGUACACUAAAGUGGUUUCAGCCUUAACUAAUGUUUGAUUCAUAAGUGUUUCAGAGGAUUGUAGUUUAAAGGCAUUUAUGAUACAUACUGAUACUGAAUAUAUAAGAAAUUAUAUAGUAAUUGAAUAUUUUUCUAUCAAAUAAUCCUUUUUAAAAUUUAUAUGUUACAGUGAAUAUCUAGAGUUGUCCACAAAUUUUAUAUGGUGCAUGCAUUAUUAAUGAUGUCAGCAUUUCAUAUCAAAGCAUACAUCAUCGUGCACCAAGAAUAAGACAAUCCUGAAAGAUACUCCAGGUUUUUUACCUAAAUAAGUACUAUUUUUAUAGUUAAAUAUCCUAAGCAA